UGCAGUCUCCGCCUGACUACGUGGAAUGAGAUACAGCUGAGGUGCGAUGCUCUUACUGCAUGGCUGCUGCACACAACAGUUACCAUACAGGCCCCGCUUGAAAUGCAGUCCCACCUCAGCAGCAAGGAAGCUUACCUGGAGAAGUUCAAGGUACUUCAGCAGGACGUGGCUGACCAUGGCAAAGAGCUGACAACGGUAGAAGACAUGUCUGCCAAGCUGCAGACCUCCGUGUCUGACCCUGCAGUGCCGACUACCGUAGCCCAGCUCAGGGCAUCCUACGACACCCUCGUCUCCAUGACAACCGACGUGGUGUGCCUCGUGGAGAGGCACUACAGGGAACAGUGUGUGUACGAGGAGAGCUACACUUACUGCGUGAGUUGGCUGCACAAUGCGCAAGAUGAACUGGACACCUGGGAGAAAUCUGUUGAGCCAAAGCUGAGUGCCCUGAAGGAGCUUCAGAAGACGAUGUCUGAGGGCCACAGUAGGGUGAAGCAGGCAGCCAAGAUGUGCGACACUGUGACGCCACACACCAGCACGGAUGGUGCGCAGACAAUGCGCUCCAACCUCGAACACUUCGCGCUCAGCUGCGACAAACUUAGGAACGACGUCAAGAAAGCCAUCGUGAGUCUUCGCAUCUAG